CAAAGUCUGAAACCGACUUUCCUUAGACACAAGACCAAAAGCACCACCGAGACAACAUCAUAUUGACUAUUGUAGCGAUUGAACUGUCGUCUUUGCCUAGACAAUUAAACCAUUUACCAUCGCCCCAAUAACGCAGUCGCAAAAAACCCAUAAUUCUUUUGGGUCAAGACUGGGCGUAGAAAGGUGGUUCAGUAGCCCCAGUCAGCAAGACAUUCAGCGUCGGGUACCUCGCUGAGGGUCAGCAUCUUGUCGAGCAUGCCUGCCUAACGCUCCGAGCAAGUCUCGAACUAACCUGGCCACAUCUCACCACACCACCAACGGUCACUAUGCAGCGAACAAAUCCGGGGUUACUACGGCCUUCCUGAGGGCGAUGGAGAUCCCUCCACGGGACGGCGUGUAGCCUGUGGGGCUUUGCACAUUAGGUGUAGUAAGGCCGGGAGCGAGAAGUAUUCAGCUCGUUCAAGACGAAGCCGAUGAUCCCUCUCAACUUGUCAAAUUGCUCUCCUUAUAUCAACCACUUGCCCUUUCGUUUGGACUCCACAGUGCUGUAGGGAUGUCUGGUAGAAUUGAACCAACCAUCAUAUUGCAUAUCACCAAAUCAACUAUGGACUCUUGACAGCUGUAGAACAAUAAAACUAUUAUACUGUUUUUUUAUACAUAUUCAACUUGCUGUUUGUCGCAGACGCUCACACACACCUGCAGCCAUGCGAUUCCUCAACAUCCUGGCCGUCGCAACAUGCGCGAGCGCUCUCGUCAUCGACCUCAACCCGACAAAGCUAACGGAUGCGCAGGAAAAGGCACUUGCGGCCAUCACGGUGCAAGACGACCCGAAGCCCAAACCUGAACCUGGCAAAGAGGACCCAAAACCACAAGACGAGCCUAAGCAGGAGCCUCCCAAACAAGAACCCCCAAAACAGGAUCCUCCCAAGGAGCCCCCCAAGCCUGAACCCAAGCCAGAACCCAAGCCCGAACCCAAGCCCGAACCGAAACCUGAACCCAAGCCUGAACCUCCCAAGAGCAACCUGAGCGGCGACCAGCAAAAAGCCCUGGACGCGCACAACGCCGCUCGCGCCGAGGUCAAGGACGGGCAGAAGCGGGACCCGAUGCAGUGGGACAAGGGCCUCGAGGACGCGGCGCGCAGCUGGGCCAAGCACCUGGCGUCCCGGAACCAGGGGCUCGAGCACGCCAAGGACCGCGACGGCAAGGGCGAGAACCUCGCCGGCCGCAUCAUGGACGGCGACGCCAUGGAAAAGGCCUCCAAGAUGUGGAUCGACGAGAAGAAGGACUACAAGUGCGGCGUCAAGAUACAAACCUACAUCGACAAUGGCAACUUUGGCAAGAUUGGCCAUUACACCCAGGUCAUCUGGCCAAAGACCACAAAGGUUGGCAUCGCGGUGGAGGGUGGUUUUGUUGUCGCGAGGUAUAGCGAGGCUGGAAACAUGAUGAGUGAGGCUGCAUGUAAGAGUUGAGCCAGGAGCUCGCCUCUUCUACAUAUCUGUUUUCUUUCGGCGUUGACGCAGACAAAUAAGUACCUGGGCCUGGGGUUUCUGGUUCGCAUUUGGUCUUCAAUUCAUGAUUGUCUUCUUUUACUCCUAAUUCUAUUUUUGUUGUUCCUUUUCUUCUUAUUAGCCGGGCCGGUCGAUACCAUGAUAUUCAGUGUAAAUAGAUUUUUCACCUUUCCUUUGGAUUUUCUCGUCCACGAUUUUCUGUUCCAAACAAUUUCAUUUCGCACGUCGAGGCAUACUUUCAAAUUCGACUGAAACCGACAAGCG